UCUCACACACACUACACGGUUGGAUUCUUUUUACAAAAAUCAACUGCACAUUUUUCUUUCUCCCCAAGAUACACACAGCACACACACCCGUCUCCCUCCUACUUACUCCCUCUCCUCGAUCUCUCUUACUGUCUCUGAUCUAUAUAAACACUCACCAUACACAAAAGAAAGGGGAUAAGCACAAAAGAAAGGAGGGCACUAAAAAAUAAAAUGAAAAGAAACUUAGAGCUCUAAAAAGAAAGGUGGGCAUCAGCGCCUUCUUCUUCUUUCAUCUGGAGAACAACUAAUUUUUCUUCUCCCUCUCACAUUUACACCUCAAACUAGCUCUAAAUAUCCCCAAAUUCGUACAAUAAACACAGCCAUGUAAAAACCCAAAAGAAAUUAGCCAUUUUCACCACCAAAAGCCACCCCAAACUAGCCUCCUAAACCACCGAAAUCACCUCAAAGCAUCCCCAAAAUCACAGUAAUAACCAUCCACUUUUCCCACCCAAAAUCAACACUCAAACCCAGCUGAAAUUCAGCUCAAAAACAGCAGCGAAAAACAUUACCAAACAGUCCCAAAAUUUGCUCUAAAACCCAGCAAAAAGCAGCUCUGUUUUCCAGCCGAAACUCAGCAAAAUCAGCCAUGAAUCACCUUUAAAAUCCAUCCCAAACCCAGCCGUAAACUCAUUCCAAAAUUCCCCCAAAAUAGCUAAAGCUUCUGAGUCAAGUCGAGGUUCUCUUUGGUUCGAAGUCGAGGUUGUUAGUCGAAGUUCCGGUCAAAAGUUUUGUCUUCAAUUCAGAGCAACUGUACUGUCGAAUUAUUCACUUGGAGUUUUAUUUGAUAAAUCAAAUACAGAAGAAAAUCAUUGAGAAAAUGAGGUACGAAGUCUCCAAGUUCGGCAUGGUUCAAAACAUCCCACCUUUGCUGCUUGAUUGGUGGAAGAACCUCUCACAUAGUGACAAGAAUCAUGUGAAAAGGGUCCUCGGAAAUUUACCUUCCUUAUUGGACAUUCGGCCAAAUAACACAUUGAUUGAGGUCGCCACUAUGUUUUGGGAUGAGAAAAGAGUUGUCUUUCGCUUUGGUGAUGUAGAAAUGACUCCUCUCUUAGAGGAAAUAGGAGGCUUCGCUAGGCUGCCAUGGGAUAGUCCGGGUUUAUCAGUACCAGAAAAUCGCACUCCCCCCAGAUUUUUGAAAAUGACGGGUUUCAAGAAAAAUGAUGAGUUACUCUGUCUGAAGAAGUCAUACAUACCAUUUGAAUUCCUUUAUGAAUGUUAUGGGCAUAGCAAGUCAUAUCGCCUUCACCAUGAUGAACUUGUCGUUACUUUUUUGGGUUGGACACACCGCCGAGUUUUUGUGUUCAUUAUCUGUUUCUUAGGGUUGCUGAUAUUUCCAAAGAAAAGGGGGAAGAUCCACACUCGCUUAGCCAUGGUUGCUAAGACUCCAAUGGAAGGAAUUGAGGGACAAACUUACACUAUCAUCCCCAUGAUCUUGGCCGAAAUGUACCGAGCUCUAGAUCGAUGCAAGCAGGGAUAUGGGCACUUCGGGGGCUGUAAUUUGUUGCUGCAGGUUUGGUUAUUAGAAUAUUUUCAGAGAGGUGAAUAUCAGCAGGAGCUUCUGCGACGACCAUUGAAUGACUACAUAGCCUACCAUCAUCCAAAAAGAAUGACAUUUAUCCCAGAUAGGUUCGUGCAACCUGGAAGUGCUGUGAGCUGGGUGCGUUUCUUCAGCAAUUUGACUGACGAAAAGGUACAUUGGAUAUUCGAAUGGUUCCCUAGCAGCGAGUUCAUCAUCUGGUCAAGAGAAAUAACUUAUUUAAUGCUGACCGGGUUAAGAGGAAUCUAUCCUUAUGCUCCAAUAAGGGUUAUGAGGCAAGCGGGAAGAAAGCAGGUUAUACCUCGAUUUUCUAACAUGGUCUAGUAUAAAGUAGACUUAAAGGGAACAUCAUUCCGUUCAAGUUCGAGGCACAACAUAUGUGGAAUCAAAAGGUCAUUGUAGAGAAAGACACUAUCGAGCCAGACAGGUACUAUGCCGGCCAUGUAUACUUCUGCCCAUCAUGGUUGGUAGAUGAAAUAGAGGGAGAUGCCAAGCCAGGGAUUAAUCUGAAAAAUAGGAUUAUAGAUGACGUUGCUGAAGCACAAGUCAAGUGUAGGAUGCUACGCUAGAGGGUUUUUGAGUCUGAAGCUAGGCAUUUGGAAUAGCACAAAGUGGAUAUAGAAGUAAUCAACGAAUGGAAAGAAAUUGCUACUAAAUCAACAGAAAGAUUGGAAUAUUUGGAGCAAGGGUUAAUGGAACUUGAGUGGAGGAUGAGGAAGAGGCUCUCAGAUUGUCAGAAUACGGAAGGCAAUGAGGGAGGGCAUCUAGCAAGGGCUUACCUAUUAUUGGACAUGCGCGACCUGGGGAACUUGAUUGAUGGAUCCAAGAAGGCCAAGCAUGGAGAAGGUCCCUCUGGGGCCAAGCAGAUUAGGAAAUGAUGUUCUUUACUACUUUUUAGCUUAGUUUUAGAUUUCGAUUGUAAUAAGGCAAAUGCCAUUAGUAAUUUUUCUUAUUAUUGCCGUUUUAGUAAGGAUCUAAUUCAUUUUCGCAUUAAUGAAAUGAUACAAUUAUUGGCAUCAA